AUGGCAGAUGAUGAUUUAAAACUUGAUUUGACAGGAAAAAAAAAGAAGUCCAAGAAGCCAAUCGUAUUGGAUGAUGAAACACCAAAAGCAGACGAAAAUGUAGCUCCAGUUGGAGAAUCAGAAGAACUGGUGUUGGGACCGAAAAAGAAGAAAAAAACACCAAAAGUACCUGUUGUUGAUGAGGAACAACUUCCGGAAGAGGCACCGGAAGUUGUCACAGGUGCUGGUUUAUCAAAUCUUAUUGAUUCAAAAAGUGCAUGGCCUGAUUAUACGUAUGAACAACUGUUGGAGCUCGUUUUUGGUAUAAUGCGUGAACGAAAUCCGGAAUUGGCAGCUGGUGAAAAGAAGAAAUUCGUGAUGAAACCACCUCAAGUGGCUCGUGCUGGUAGCAAAAAGACAGCAUUCGCUAAUUUUGCUGAAAUUUGUCGAUUAUUGAAACGGCAACCAAAACAUGUGCUGCAAUUUUUGUUGGCAGAAUUGGGUACAACAGGUUCAAUUGAUGGUAACAGUUGUUUGAUCGUUAAAGGACGCUUCCAGCAAAAGCAUAUUGAAAGUGUUUUGCGAAAAUACAUUAAAGAAUAUGUUGCUUGUCAUACGUGUAGGUCUUCCGAGACGGAAUUGACGAAAGAUACACGUUUGUUUUUCUUGGAAUGUAAAACUUGUGGUAGUCGAUGCUCUGUCACUGCUAUUAAGAGUGGAUUUACUGCUAUGGUAGGAAAACGUGCUGCAUUGCGGCGCGCUGCAGAAGCUACUGCUGGUAAAUAA